AUGCAAUGCCUGCCAGGUCACAAUCGCUGCUGUGAACACGAGUGCCUGGAUUUGAUCGACUCAAUUCACAAUGUGAAGCGAAGAGUCGACGAGAUCAAGCAAGCAGUCCGGGAGGAAAGGGACCGGGAGAAGCGGCGAGAUCUCCAGUGUUUGAUCCUGAAGAACUUGGCGACCUCGCAGGCCAGUGGCGCUCAUCGGAGACACCGAGUGGAGGAUGUUUCGCUGUGCCGAGAAGCUGUUUGCCACGUCAUUCAGCUGAGCAGGAAGAAUUUCACUGAAUGGUCCAAAUGGAUUGAGCAAGGGCACAAUGUGGCUCCAAAAGAUUUGCGUUUGGGAAGCUCUGCUGGGCCAAAUCCGAGGGCUCAAUCUCAGGCAGUCAUCAAUGCUGAUGUGAUGUGGGCAUGGAUCCACAAGUUUUUGGCAGAGCCUUUGGCUGAGGGUGGAAGCAACCUCAAAAGUGUGGCUUUGACUGUCAAAGAGCUGCUAGGCAACGAUCCGGUAACUUCCAUGCAGGCUCAUCAAAAGGAACCACGGCACUUGCAUCCCAACAUUUCUCUUACAGAGCUGCUUCAUGUGGCCAGCAAUUUCUUGUCGCACCUCCAGCCAAUUCCCAGCUACCGAACCUGGGUCCGGGUGUACCAUGAAAGGUGGGAGGGUCUGGUCAAAUUCAGGGGAGAUUCUCAACACGCCAAAUGCGAUGUUUGUGAAAAGUUCAAAGAAUACAGACGCCAGAGUUUGGCUGCAGCAGAUGCUGACAUUGUCGGGCAGGCCUAUGUGGCUCACUUGAACCAAGUACUGGAGGAUAGACGCUUGGAUGCCCAUUGGCGUCAAGUUGGCCAGGACAGCAUGAAAGGCUUGGAGACAUCGGAGCAGUGGCUGUCAAUGUGCGUGGAUGGCAUGGACUGUGCUAAAUUCAAAAUACCUUUGAACAUAGCCAAAUCCAAAGAGUUCAGUCUCAUGGACCGGCCAGAGCUCAAGUGCACCCUGGUAGUCACAGAAGGUUUCCGUGAAAGCUUUUACCUCAUGGAUGAGACCGUUCCCACCACAGCGAACCUGGACUUGACACUGCUCAGUGAAGAGAUCCUGGAAGCUUGGAAGCAUUGCCAAAAGCACAAGAUAUCCUUUCCUCGCAAUCUGCGAGUUCAUGCGGACAACUGUCCAUCCGAGACCAAGAACCAGAUGUCAUUCAAGUGGGCAGCUUGGCUCAUCCACAAGCAGGUUUUUGACCGAGUGGCUUGGACCUAUUUUGUGGUUGGCCAUUCACACGGUCUUCCGGACCAAAGGUUCAGCGAAGUGAGAUACGAGCUUUUUCAGCAAAACAUCUUGGAGAAUCCGUGGGACUUCAGGGAUGCAGUGAAGAAGGUGAAACCAAGACAAGGCAGAAGUUCUGAGGUCAACAUCCGCAACGAUACAGCUGACUACAAGGCCUUCUUGUCCGAUUUGCCAGGCAGUUUGCACGGGCACACCCAAAGCAGAGGCAACAAGGCGGCAGGUCUCCAUGCGCCGCAUUACUUCUUGCUGACCACCAGAGAAAACUUGGAAUGGGGCGGUCCUGUCGAGUCCGCCUUCCCUGAUGAUGCUCAUCCCAAAGAUGUGGUCAUGAUGGUGAAGAGCUAUUUGUCCAGUGAUGAGACCGGCAAUCAAGACCCUUUUGUGUUGGUCCCUUUUGCACAGCUAGAAAAGCUUACAGGGUGGCCGCAGUAUAAUGUCCAUCUGAAGCCUAUCAAUGAGAAGCGAAAGAAGGAGUUGCAGAAAACCAUUGACAAGGUCAGCCAAGAACCAUGGAACCUGCCACUUGGCUUCUUUUUUUCAGAUGUCUGUCUCGGGUUGUUUUGGAUUGCAUACGUUAAAGCUAUUUUUCUUAAAGCAAUCUCUCGUGACCAUUGGUUGAUCUAG